AUGACCUGCCUGCUGCCGCAGCCCCCUCUGGCUCUCAAAGCCUCGACAACCUACUCUGCUGCCGCAGCCCCUUCUGGCUGUCAAAGCCUCAAUGACCUGCGCUGCUGCCACUGCCUCUUCUGGCUGUCAAAGCCUCAACAACCUGCGCUGCUGCCUCUGCCCCUCCUGGCUGUCAAAGCCUCGAUGACCUGCUCUGCUACCACUGCCCCUUCUGGCUGUGACAGCCUCGACGACCUGCUCUGCUGCCACAGCCCCUUCUGGCUGUCAAAGCCUCAACAACCUGCGCUGCUGCCACUGCCUCUUCUGGCUGUCAAAGCCUCAACGACCAGCACUGCUGCAGCAGACCCUUCUCACUGUCAAAGCCUCGAUGACCUGCUCUGCUGCCACAGCCCCUUCUGGCUGUCAAAGCGUUGA